CCCCUCCAAUUAUAUAACGGAGAGAUACGGAAGUUAUGCUGUUGUCAUUCAUCAUCGGAUAGACCCAACCCGCCAAAGCCAAGGGUUGGUUGUUCCCUUUUUCUGUCUCUGCGCCCCCAAUGGCGAUUCUCUCUCUACCCAUAAUCUCCUCUCUCCUCAAACGCCACAAACCCCACCUCUCCUUCCUCCUCACCAGAACGCCAAGGACGACCUGCGCCCUUUUCCGCAAGCGAUAUCUCACUAACACCACCGCAGUCUCUGCAAUCACCACUCCUUCCAAUCCUAAGCAAUCACCGACCAACCAAGACCCAGAUAAAAACAACAACAAUAGCAAUGCCUCUUCGGUUCUCACUUUCCAACAAGCCAUUCAGCGUCUCCAGGAAUAUUGGGCUUCUGAAGGAUGUGCGGUAAUGCAAUGCAGCAACACCGAGGUUGGAGCUGGGACUAUGAAUCCUCUAACUUUUUUAAGGGUACUUGGUCCAGAACCGUGGAAUGUUGCGUACGUGGAGCCUAGCAUCCGGCCAGAUGACAGUCGCUAUGGUGAAAACCCAAAUAGACUUCAGCGCCACACUCAAUUUCAGGUAAUAUUGAAACCUGAUCCUGGAAAUUCACAAGACCUAUAUAUCCGAAGCCUAUCAGCGCUAGGUAUUAAUGUCAAUGAGCAUGAUAUACGUUUUGUGGAGGACAAUUGGGAAAGCCCGGUACUUGGCGCUUGGGGAUUGGGCUGGGAAAUUUGGAUGGAUGGGAUGGAAAUCACGCAAUUCACCUACUUCCAGCAGGCUGGAAGUUUGCAAUUGAUGCCUGUAUCUGUUGAGAUAACUUAUGGACUUGAACGUAUCCUCAUGUUACUUCAGGGAGUUGAUCAUUUCAAGAAAAUCCAAUAUGCGAAUGGAAUUACAUAUGGAGAGCUUUUUCUAGAGAAUGAGAAGGAAAUGAGUGGAUAUUAUCUGGAGCAUGCCAGUGUUGCUCAUCUUCAAAAACACUUUGACCACUUUGAGGAAGAAGCACGUUCUUUACUUGAUUUAGGCCUUGCAAUACCUGCGUAUGAUCAGCUUUUAAAGACAUCUCAUGCUUUUAAUAUUUUAGACUCUAGAGGCUAUGUUGGGGUGACAGAACGGGCUCGCUAUUUUGGUCGGAUGCGCAGUUUAGCUCGUCAAUGUGCACAACUAUGGUUAAAGACAAGGGAGUCUCUUGGGCAUCCUUUGGGUGUUGUUUCUGAACCUGAUCAUCUUGUCUGUCCCAAAGAUAUUCUGGAGGCAGCAGUUAGAAAGGUACCCAUGGAACCAAGGAUGUUUGUGCUUGAAAUAGGGACAGAAGAGUUACCUCCUGCAGAUGUAGUUAAUGCAAGUCAACAACUUAAAGAUUUAAUUGUGCAAUUAUUGGAGAAACAACGGUUGAGCCAUGGCAAAGUGCUAGUAUUUUGCACACCACGUAGACUUGUGGUUCAAGUUGAGAGCCUAUGCUCUAGGCAAGUUGAAAAUGAGGUUGAGGUUCGAGGACCUCCAGUUUCUAAGGCAUUUGAUCAUCAAGGAAGUCCGACGAAGGCUGCUGAUGGUUUUUGCCGUAGAUAUGCUUUACCUCUUGAUUCCUUGUAUAGAAAGGCUGAAGGAAAAGUGGAAUAUGUUUAUGCUCGCAUAGUGGAGCCUGUGAGACUUGCGUUGGAGGUUUUAUCUGAAGACUUGCCCUCUACUGUUGCCAGAAUAUCAUUCCCUAAGUCUAUGCGUUGGAACUCUCAGGUCAUGUUUAGUAGGCCAAUUCGUUGGGUUUUGGCUCUCCAUGGAGAUGUAGUUAUUCCCUUUGCAUUUGCUGGUGUAUUAAGUGGAAACCUAUCUUAUGGUCUUCGGAAUACUCCAUCAGCUACUGUAAGGGUUGAAAGUGCAGAAUCUUACUCCCACGUAAUGCAGCAUGCUGGGAUAUCUGUUGAAAUUGAGCAACGCAAGAGUACAAUUCUGGAACGCUCCAAUGCCUUAGCAAAAAGUGUUAGUGGGCGUAUUGUUAUGCAAAGUGAUUUACUUGAUGAGGUUGCAAAUCUCGUUGAAGCGCCUGUUCCAGUACUGGGGAAUUUUAAAGAGUCGUUCUUAGAGCUUCCAAAAGAUCUACUAGUAAUGGUUAUGCAGAAGCACCAGAAGUAUUUUGCAAUAACCAACGAGGAUGGAAGACUAUUGCCACACUUCAUUGCUGUUGCAAAUGGCGCAAUCAAUGAGAUGGAAGUGAAGAAAGGAAAUGAAGCUGUACUCAGAGCUCGAUACGAAGAUGCUAAGUUUUUCUAUGAGAUGGACACGCGGAAAAAGUUUUCUGAAUUUCGAAAUCAACUAAAUGGGAUUCUUUUUCAUGAGAAGCUAGGGACAAUGCUGGACAAGAUGAACCGUGUUCAAAGUACAGCUACCCAGAUUGGCUUGGCUCUCGGUAUUAGUGAAGAGGAGCUCCAAAGUGUUGAGGAUGCUGCUUCACUGGUCAUGUCUGAUCUUGCUACUGCUGUUGUUACGGAAUUCACUUCCCUCGCAGGCAUAAUGGCACGACAUUAUGCCCGUAGAGAUGGCUACUCAGAGCAGAUUUCAGAGGCACUAUUUGAAAUCACACUACCAAGAUUUUCUGGAGAUAUGCUUCCAAAAACUGAUGUGGGGAUUGUUUUGUCAAUUGCUGACAGGUUAGAUAGCCUUGUUGGCUUAUUUGGAGCUGGAUGUCAGCCAAGCUCCAAUAGUGACCCUUUUGGCCUGCGGAGAAUAUCUUAUGGCCUUGUUCAAGUGUUGGUUGAGCAAAACAGAAAUUUAGACUUAAGACAUGCUUUGGAACUUGCCGCUGCUGUCCAACCCUUGAAAAUAGAUGCUGGAUCCAUUGAUGACGUACAUCAAUUUGUAACCCGGCGGCUGGAGCAAUUUCUGGUUGACAAGGGAAUUAGUUCAGAGGUUGUCCGUUCAAUUCUUACAGAACGUGCAAACUGGCCUUGUCUGGCAGCAAAAUCUUCAUAUAAAAUGGAAGACUUGUCAAGGGGUGAGCUGCUGCCUAAGGUGGUUGAAGCGUAUUCUCGUCCAACAAGAAUUGUUCGGGGAAAGGAUGUGAAUGUUGACAUGGAGGUGGAUGAGGCUGCAUUUGAAACGGAUGAAGAAAGAGCUUUGUGGAGCACUUUCUUGUCCUUAAGAAGCAAAAUUCAUCCUGCUAUCGAGGUGGAGGAUUUUGUCGAAGCAUCUGCUCAACUAUUACAACCAUUAGAGGACUUUUUCAAUAAUGUUUUCGUGAUGGUGGAAGAUGAAAAAAUACGAAAGAAUAGGCUAUCGCUACUCAAGAAAAUUGCAGACCUUCCUAGAGGGAUAGCAGACCUCUCAGUUUUGCCUGGAUUUUAGAUUUUGUUUUCCAUUUGUUCAUCUGUAGAACAGUAGAAGGUACUUAAAAGGAAGCAAGUCUUAGUUCAUUGAAAACAUUCAGAUGAGAAACACCCCUUUUUCUUGUUUUCUGGGCAUUCGCAGCCUUGCAUACCUAGCAAGAUUUUUCUAGUUAAUUUAUGUAUCAUGUUUUUUUUAUGUGUAAUUUACUCGUAAUAUUUGUUCAUUUGAUGAUUUAGUUGUAAUAUGCUGUUAUCGAAUUAAUUGAAGAUCAAAUCAUUAGCUCAAUUUGCCA